CAGCAAGGCAGAGAAUGGAGUGGAAAGAACACCAAGAAGCAGUUGUCAAGAUCGAGUCGCAAAACGAAAAAGUUGUUCAAAAGUGUCGUAAAGUUCGGGACAAAAUUGUUGCUUGCAACGCGUCCCAAAACAAACCGUGCUGCAUCGGGCACUGGUUGCGGAAGGUGCACUCCUCCCCCCGCCCCGCGGAACCUGCGGACACACCGAGCGCGUCAGGUGCGGCACACGCAGCAACAGAGCAUCAGCAUUCGCAAUGCGUAUAACGCGAUACUCGCGUACGAGAGGGGGAGACUACUAUCAGCGCGGUGCCGCGAAACCGUACCGCAGGCGCGGUGCACACAAUGGACCGAUUCCAUUCCGGGACUACACCGGCCACAGUCAACCGGCGGCGUACUCCCCAUACCACGGCAGCGGGCAGGAGCGGCGAUACCGUGGAGGGCCCUCGCCCUCGGACGACCGACAGCCGUCGGUGCCGCGCGACCGACCAGCGGAACGGGCGUCCCGCGAACGGUACCGCACCGACGACUACUCCCGGCACAGCGUGAGCCGCGACCGCAGCCUCUCGUCCGUGCUGAGCGACAUCAGCUCCGGCAGCAGCUGCUUCGGGACGGUGCGGGCGAGCGAAGCGUACGGCAGCCCGGCGUACGAGGACCUCACCGACGAGGACAAACGGGGAUCGGUGGACGAGAUGACGGACUCGUCGAUGGCCCUGUCGCUGGCGCCGCCGCCCGUUCCGAAGCACAAGAAGCGCAAGAAAGACAAGCGCAAAAAGGAGAAGGCCCGCGAGCGGGAGCGCAAGCGGGCGAAAAAGGAUCGGCGCCGGCAGAAGGAAAUCCUCGAGGAGCGCAUCUGCCCGCCCGAGCACGACGUAGCCCAGUCGAAGGAGAUAUUCGCCUCCGGCCAGAACAUACUCGUCAGCGUCAGCUUCAUCGAUAACGAGAAGGGCGGCAAGGAGCGAGGCGACCGGCACAAGAAGAGCAAGCGGAAGAAGGCGAAGCGGGAAAAGACGCGCGACAAGCUGAUCGUUACCAAAGAGGAGCGUGCGUCCGAUGCGGCAGCAUCUGGCCGCACUCCUCGCCGGAACAGCAGUCCCAGCCCGGCCAGCCGCGAGCUGGAGGCGAAGGACGUGAAAGAGAAGUACAAUCUAAAGCAGCAGCAGCAGCCAGCGCAAUCGGAGCAGGAGAAGAAGGGCCAGGAGCAUGAUCCCAAGCAACUGCAACACCAACAGCAGCAGCAGCAGGCGGAUAAGCAUCAGUCAACGGCGCUUCAAUCAGCCGAUCCGAAACCGCCGGCGGCCAAGAAGAAGAAGCUCGAUCCGGGCGUCAAACCGGUGAUGGUCAUCGAUCUGGAGCGUUCGCCCGGCGGGCAGAUAAUCUCCAGCCCGAGGGAGGUGAUCGUGCUGAGCGACGAGGAGGGCAAACGGUCGAUGGUGCAACGGCCUGGCAAGGAGGAAGCGAAAGGGAACGAAGCCGACCAAAGCAACCGUGGCCCCAAUACGCCCCCGGAACCGGCCCCCAAAUCGCCCGACUCGUACGAUCCGUUCGAGCCGACGAAAUCGUCCCCGAGCACCGCCAUCUCCCGGCACGACAUGGGCAGCAUAUCAUCGCUCAGCUUUCUCGAUCACCAUACUCACCACCAUCAGGAUGAUCAGCAGAAAGAGGCGAAAGGUGACUACCAUCAUCACUCGCAGGGUCACCAUCCGCACCAUCACCACCACCACCACCAUCAUCAUCCGCACCAUCCACACCACGGACACCAUCACGGGCACCAUGGGCAGAUGGGCUCGGGACAGGACCGCUCCAUGGCACAGCCGGACCCGACGGGCAGCUCCGAUGGAGUGCUGGAUCUGCAUCCCGACUCACCGCCGUACGACAAGAUGAACGCGCUCAACAGCAGCCCGGCGCGCACGGCCACCACGAGCCAUCCGUACCACCACCUGCACCAUCCGUCACCGAUGAAGGCGAUCAUCAAGUCGAUGCCGAAGAAGCUGCUCGCUGCAGGCGGUGGUCGAGAGGCACGCUCGCACGGUACGGCCGGCAAAGCGAACGCACCGACGGCCGGCGGUCAGCCCAGCGGCGGUGGUACGACCAGUGGCGGUGCGACCACAAGUGGCGGUGUCCCGUUCGAGGAUGAGCUGAACGAUGGGGACAUUUCACCGUACUCGCCCCGCUCGAGCGAUUGUGACGAGCAAAUGUUCGAACCACCGUGCCACGACGGCAACGGGGAAACGCAAACGAUCGCACUGACGGUUGACAACCUGCGCAAGGUGUUCGGGAACGAUCCGAAAACGCUGUACGGCGAUCUGCGGAAAAGCUACCAGCAUCGAUCGGUCAUUGCGGUGGACGAAAUGUACAAACCGCAUAAAAUGACGCUGGAAAUGCUGGAUGAAAUACCUGACUCCGCGGUCGACAUGCAGGUCAAGGAAAAGCUCAUCAAAAAGCUCCAACGGCAGGAGCGAAUCGUGGAGGAGGUGAAACAUUGCCUUAAGCCUCACUUCAACAAGAAGCGUAUCGACAAGGACGAAUACAAGGAGAUUAUGCGAAAGUCUAUCCCCAAGAUCUGCCACAGCCGUUCGGGAGAAAUCAAUCCGGCCAAGAUACAGGCCCUCAUUACGGCGUACGUCAAGAAGGCGAUCGCCAAACGGAGACUGAUGGGCGGUGAAGGAUCCGCCUCCGGCACACCGUUGGUAAACCCGGGCAGCUACGGGAUGCCGGCGGGCACGGCCACCGCUACAGCAACCUCCAUACCCCCGGUAAUGCUAAUGAAUCGUUGAGCAAACCCGUUUAGUGUGUGCCCAUGACAUGGGUUUGUUUUCGCGGUCGUGUAUAUCAGUGGUUGUGUCGGUUUAUCAAUCAAAGUAGCGCUGGUAUCCAUGUAGCAUAUUGUGACGGAUGGAGAACAAAACAGCAACCACGCAGACAAGCGCAUAGAGCUUAACGAGGCGAAACACAUGGGCGGAAAGAGCGCUAGAGGGGCGUAGAAACAGAGAGAGA